CCGUUAAACACAAAGAAGAAGAACUGGGGCUGGAACUACACGGAGGAGACCGACAGUUCCUGUCGGACAGAGAUUCGGUGAAGCCACAGCCAAACAAACCGCGCGGAGGCUAACAACUAGCAGUGCCAAACCCGCAGUCCCGGCCCGGUUCGACCCCAGGCAGCAUGUACGCGGACUUCCGGGCUCCCCGGCGCCGCCUCCGGGUCACGGAGGAGUUCGAGGCUCCGCUGCCGCUCAGCCCGCGCGAGAGGAGCCACUUCCAGGCAGAGCUCCUCAAUCAGCACGUGCUGGUCUGUGAUCCGGAACACAGCCAGAAGAUCCACGACCAGGGUUACUUUGGUAAAGGGGUUCUGUCCAGAUCCAGACCGGAGCACAACAUCUCCAACCAAUGGGAGCAACACGAAGGCGUGUUUCUACCUGUGGUCUCACAGGCCAGGUAUGAGGAGCUGCUCAAGUGGGUGGGGUCAGCUCUGUCUGCUCAGGGAUGGGAUGAAGAGCCCGUUCAUCAAACCCUGCUCAGGCUUUCUCAGCCAAUACAAAUGGAGGAUGUGAGGAACCAGAUGGGAGGGGAGGGGGAGGCAGAGGAGAACGGUGAAAGGGGGAAGGAGGAGCCGGAGCAAGAAGGAGGAGUCAGCCCCCAGAUGAAGAGGUCAAGACGGGGGUCAGAGGUCGAGCCGGAGGCCAAGAGAAGCUGCAGCUCAGAACAGGACUCCGACUCCAGUUUGGACUGUGAUCCUGACUCGGAUCCUGAUCCUGCUCCUCUGGUUCCUGGUCCUGGUUUCCUCCUGGUGGUCUCUGACAGUGAGACUGGAGGCGGGGUCAGGGAGGUGAGGCGGACACCGUUCUUUCUCUCCGAGUACCUGCAGCUCAGUCUGGAGGAGGCCUUCUUCCUGGUCUACAGUCUGGGCUGCCUGUCCGUCUACCAGCAGCAGGAACCCCUGUCCAUCGUGCAGCUGUGGAGGACGUUUCGGUCCCUGCGUCCUGAUUUCAUCAGCUCCUAUGCAGUCUAUCAUCACUUCCGCAGCAAGGGGUGGGUCCCUAAAGGAGGGGGCGGAGCCAAGUAUGGCGUAGACCUCAGUAAGACAAACACACAAACACUUGGGUAGGGGUUGCUAUUAGGGCUGG